AUGACAACAGUCAAUGAACAUCUUACGAUCGGCCUCCAACAUGCACGUAGUUAUAACUAUGGUAAGGCUGAAAAUGAAUUUGAUUUAUUACUCUCAUCCGAUCGAACCCAUACAUGUGGUCUUUAUUAUCGUGGCUGUACAAGAAUUUAUCUCAAUAAAUUUGAACUAGCCGUUGAAGAUUUUAAUUUAGCUAUUUCCUCAUUAAAUCUAUCGCUUGAAUGUGAACUUCUAGCACUGUACAAACGUGGUUUUGCUUAUCAAAAACUAUAUAAAUUCGAUUUUGCUUUGGAUAAUUACAGAAAAUUUUUAAAUCAAGCGAAAGAAAACAAUAAAGAUGAGUUUAUUCACAAAGCAUAUUUUUCAAUCGGUACUAUUCAUGCUGUAUUGAAUCGACAUGAAGAAGCUGUACGUUAUUUUGAUGAUGCGAUUCGAACGAGUGGUAACAGCAGGGAAGGUAAAGAAAAACUUUAUUAUUUACAUCGAGGACGUGCUCGUGCAUUUUGUGCCAAUUUUAACGAAGCUGGAGAUGAUUUUCAUAUAGUUAUUCUACAAAGUAAGAAUCCUCUUCUUCAAGGCUGCGCAUAUAAUGAAUUAGGUCAGCAUGAGAAAGCUCUUCAAGAAUAUAAUCAUUGGUACGAAAGUCCAUCAAGAAAUGAUAAUAAAUUAUCACCAUUAUUACUCGAAAUACUUGAUGAUCAUGUUCAAUUGCGACGUGGUUUAACUUAUGCCAGUCUUAAUCGCCAUGAUAAUGCAAUAGCAGAUUAUCAAUAUAUAUUUAAUAAAUCAAAUCGAUUGACUGCAUCAGCAAUAGCUGAUCGAAUAUUUUUUCGUAAAGGUAUGUCAAGUAUGGCUCUCAAUGAUGUACAUGUGGCAUUAAUCAGUUUUAAUAAAUCAAUAUUAUUAAAUAGUUCUCAAUCAGAUGUAUUUUAUGCGCGUGGAAUGCUGCAUUUUACGUUAGGACGACACGAUGCUGCUGUUUAUGAUCAUCGACAAGCAUUAGAAUUGGGUGAAUCAAAUUCCAUAAUAUCAUCAAUCUAUCAAACAUUUUAUCAUACACAUAAUUAUAAUCCAAACAACGUUGAUCCUCGUAUAUUUCAUCAAAAACAAGUACGUGAAGCUGAAGCAGCACUAAAGCGUCGUAAAGAAGAAGGAUUACCUCCAGAAGAACAACAUCGACGAAUAGCCGAAUAUCAGCAACAACUUGCCCCCUAUAUGCCUAAUCCUGAAGAGACUCAUCGUCAAGCUGAAAAACAUAUUCAGCAAGCCCUGCAAUCUGCGGCAGCUAGACAAAUGUAUGAUAAGAUUACAUUGGCUAUUAAUCAUCUUCGUACAUCUCAGAUGUUGUCCAAUAAAUAUCCCGCCGGAAUCGCAUCUGAACGUAUCGUAAAGGAAUUUAUUAAGUCAUCAAUGGACAGUAUUGUAGAAAUGUCUGAAAUAUUGGGAAAAUGUGCAUUAGAAAACAAUUGGAAUGAUCUAUUUGAUAUAUUUUAUGAAUUAAAAGAAAUUUCACCUACAAAAACCAAUAAUCCUUUCUUUAUAUUUCGUUCCGAAUACAUUCAAAUUGAGUUCAAGAAAGCUGAAUUGAUAAAGAAAACAAGCGAAAAAUUCAAAGAUUCUCCUCAACAACAUGAAUUUUAUACAUUGUUGGUACUUCGUUUAUGUAACUUGUUUGAUGCUACACGUAUAGCUACGACAGGUAUCUUUCAGCAUACACUUACAGGCACUUUCACGAAAAUAUCUUACAUUCCCCAGCUUCUUGGAUAUCUAGGUCAUUUUAUACCAGUUUUUGGUGGUACUAUUAAAGCUGGCUUAGGUAUAUGUGGAGGCUGUUUGAAAAAACUUGAUCAAAGUCGUAUUCAAGAAGCAUUAACGCAUGUAGGAUGUCUUGAUCAACAAGAAAAAUUAUAUGAAGCAGCGAAUACAAUAUCUGAAAAGCUAACCAUGAUGUAUGAAUCACAACUUGAACGAUUUCCAGCUUUGAAAGAUGACGAUGGCAUCAUGGAAAACAGCGUAAAGAAAGCAUCUUGUUGUCAUACUUGCUGUCAAUCCUGUUGUAAUUGUUGCAAAAAAUCUAAAGCUUGGAUUCCUAAUGAACGUGAAAAUUCCAAUAUGCAAAGUAUUGUUGAAUAUGCAUUUGACCUUCUAGUUAAUAGUCUUACAGAUCUCGAAGUUUCGAAAGUGAACGCUGUUGCUGAUUUGAAUGACUUUUUCAUCAAUUCGAUAUGUCAUUUAUCUUAUCGACCGAAGAUCUACUGUCAUAUUACUACGACAAAAAUUCAACCAAAAGAUACUACGAAUGAAGAAGCUCAUUGGAGUACAUAUGAUUUCUUUCGAGGACCUGGCAUUCGAUUUAAAGCUGAUGAUAUUAGAGUUGAUAAGCAUAUGGACGUAACAAAAUUUGGAUUCCGUGAACCUUCAUGGGAAGAAAUUCGUUGGUACAAAAAUAAUCCAAAUAAGCUAAAUGACUUAGGCCUCAACAAAUAUAAUAAAAACUAA